AUGACUUCGGUUGCUUCUGCCUCGCCCUCGGGCCGCAGCUUCCACCGCGCUGAGUCGACGGAGGACUCGGAUUCCUGGCAGUAUAUUGGAUCCCAUCCAGCGUCGGUCUUCAUCCCCAGUCCGCAAAGCGGCGCCAGCAGCAUGAACAGCUGGGCCAUCGUUCCGGAGUUUUCGAACCAGCCGCAGCAUUCACCAGCUGCAGUAUCACCUCUGCACUUGGACAACGACCCACAAAGUGUCCCCUCGCAGUCGUUCCCCAACCAAAGUGGCCCUUCCAUGAUGGCUACCGUCGGCGGCAUGGAGAACCAGUAUAUCCCCGACUUCUCUGAGCAGCAACUCAUGUCGGACCCAGAGUUCAUGUUCUUUGACUCUUCUCAUGACACUCUCGGUAUGGAACCAUACUACAACACCAACCUUGGAGACAUUGGCGAUUUCGAUCCUCUAGAUUUCACGACUCAACCUGGCGACCUUGGCAUCCCACAGCAAUACCGGAAUUCUAGCAAUGUUUCGCCAUGGUCCCCUCCAGGGUUGAUGAAUGACGAACCGUCGUCUACUCUUGAGACCGACUUCAGACCUUCAUUUCACGCCCUGAGCUCUCCUACAGACAGUGGCAAUCUAUCAUCAAGUCCAAAGUCUCCGCCGGUCAAGGUCGAAAAGGCCCCGAGUCCGAUCAGAAAGAUUAAGGGCAGCGGCAGCAAGAUCGAGAAGAGAAAGCCAGACUCGACGAGCAAGUUCGUCAUAAUGACACCGAAUACUAUCAGUGCUUCUGCUGGCAAGCCGAACCCCUUCGAGUGCUUCGAGGCCAUGAGAACAACCCAGAAAGGCCGCAAAGGACCUUUAGCCAACGAGGUCAAGGAGAGCGCUCUUCAAGUCAGGAGGCUCGGCGCAUGCUUCUGCUGCCACGCCCGCAAAGUCAAGUGUGACAAAGAACGCCCUUGCAAAAAUUGCACCAAACUCACCACUUCUGUGCCCCAAAUUAUAUGCUGGCAGUUUCAGGAUUUCUUGCCAGUUCUAUUCCCUGACUUCAUCCGAGGUCACUUCCGAAAGGAGGAAAUGGCCGCCUUUGUCAGCGACCAUAUUCAAGCGUUCACUAUCAACGGGGUUGAGAAGCCGUGCGAGGUCGAGUUAUACUCUGGAGCACGGUUCCAGUCUACACUGAAGGUCCGAGCAAAGUUCUUUACUGCAAAAACCACCGAAGUUCUGCAGCACUGGCAUAUGAAUGUAGGCAUGGACCAAGUCGACAUGCAGUAUCGUCGGGCAGCUCCGAUAGGUAUUGAGCUAGACAAUGCGGUCUAUAGGGAGGAUCUAAGAAGGAGGACUCGGGACUAUAUCCAAGGCAUCACAGUCGAGCCACAAUAUGCAGAGCAAGUAACAGACUCACUCAGGGCUACCAGGAUACCUCGGAGAGUCCUGAAGAUUGUGCAGCGCUACGGCUUACGAUCCCAGUCUCCGAUCGUGAAGAAGGCCCUGUCGAUAUACGCCACGCACUACGUCUUGACUCGACAUCUCUGCCUCACUCCUACGUCAGUCCACGGCUUGGAGCACACCAAGCUCGUACCUCAGGAUGUCCCCUGGCUCACGCCCCGGGUUCUGAACCGGCAAAUCAAGUCGAUGCUCGACGAAUUGCUCCAGAAAGACAUGCAGGGUUUAUUCGACAGCUUCUCCAAGUCGCUCAAACCCAAAUCCAGAAAGGAAUGGGCGCCGUGUGUGGCAGCCUUCCUCGUGCUAUGCCUGUUCAUGGAGGCAGUUGAGACAGCUGCAGAUACGUUUGUCAUCUCGCAGAACGAGAUCAACAUUCGCAACAAGACGAUACCCGAGUACAAGCGCGAGUUCGCCCUGCAGGUGUGCAAGGAGGUUGAAAACCUGCCGUUCAAGCAGUUUGCCUAUCAGUUCCACCAGGUGUAUCAGACACACACGCGUGAUGCUUCGACAAAGGCCUUCAAUCCUCUGCAGGACUACAAUUUUGCUGACCAAGGCGACCUGGACGGAGCAGCGCUCGAGAUGGUCAUCGGCCUGAGAGAGCUGCUACAGGGCGACUCCUUUUGUGAACUGGAUUUCUUGGUAGCCGAUCCUAUCCUGCCAAACCAGGAGACACACCCUUUCCCCCGCGAUGUCUCGUUGAACUACACCGGCCGUUUGCUGGCCAGGUUUUUGCUCUCCUUCGUAGAUGAUAAGUAUUUGUUCGACGGCAAGUACUGA